CCGUGGAAGAUUCGGUCUUCCGCGGCGGGAAAGUUUUGAGCCGAAGCCGGGCCUGUGUUGGUUUGGUAGAUUGAAACGGUGUUAGGUUCGCUGUUGGGAUGAUCCUUAGUAAGGCGGAGUAUGCUGAGAUAGCCAAGUAUCUGGAACGGCUGCGGCCCAACAGGCAGAGCUUGAAAAUGUUGACGAAACAGUUCUCCAGUCAAUCGCAGUCCACUCUGCUGAGCAUCUUCUCCCUGGAGUAUCAGAAACGAAUGAAAAGGACACAUGCGAAACAUCACACGGCUGAGGCUUGUGAAACUUAUUACCAAAGGUACCUGAGUGGUGUGAAGAACAAUGCAGCUGCCCCUGUUCUCUUCGAGCUGGCCAAUGAGAUGGAUUUGGCUCCUUCAUUGAUGGCAAGAAUUGUACUUGAAAAAUUCUUGCAGAAUCACGACCUGACCACACCAGCGACCUGGCUGGCCUUUGGCAAUGAAAUUCAAUGCACAUGGCUCCGCAGUCAAAUCAUCAAAUUUCCCUCAACCAAGCCUGUCAUAAAUGGCAUGUUAAGGGACCCAUCUCAGAUUCCUGACAGGGUUCUAGCUAAUCAAGUUUAUCAGUGCACAGUGAACGACUGCUGUUAUGGACCAUUGGUAGACUGCAUCAAACAUGCCAUUGGACAAGAAUAUGAAAUUCUGCUUCGUGAAAAGCUACAGAGAAAAAACCUAUCAUUUUUAGAUGAAGAUCAGCUACGCACCAAAGGCUAUGACAAAACACCUGACAUUAUUUUGGAGGUACCAGUUGCUGUUGAAGGUCAUGUAAUUCAUUGGAUUGAAAGCAAAGCCUCGUUUGGAGAUGAAUGUAGUCACCAAUCGUAUUUGCAGGACCAAUUCUGGAGCUACUGGAACAGAUUUGGACCCGGAUUAGUGAUCUACUGGUGCGGAUUUGUUGAUGGUUUGGAUUGUCAUCGUGAACGUGGAAUAUUAUUAAAAGAUUGCUUCCCUGAAGACAUUAUAACCUACCACCACACAACAGCCAGCAUUGACAGUGGAAAGAGGUGAAUCCGGAAGUAAUUUUGCCUUCCUGCAGUGCUAACUGCUGGCAACAUUUCUCCUGAACUUUAGUUGAACUUCUACUGCCCUAGGUCACCAUAAUACCUCUUUAGAAAAACACAUUCAGUGUUUCUGCUUUACUUCACCAACACACUCUGUGAGCAGCCAAGAACUACAAACACGUACCUCUCAUUAUCAGCAUCCCUGUCUGUGUCAAGACUUAUAGAUAGUUUAAUCUUUCUAACAUCCGAACUCUAGUUCUGGAGAAGGGAAAAACUCGGGCACUGGAAAUGCAAUUCAAAAUUUUGGACUUGGCAGAAGAAAAAAAAUAAUUUAUCUUAAACUUUGAUUAAUUAAUAACAAAAAUGACAUUUUGCUGUAUUUUAAUGUGUUACUUCUGUAGGAGAAUAUCAUGUCUGGUAUUUGCUAGUUUGAGCUCUGCCUUAGAAAAUAUUACCAGGAAGACAGCAAAAAUAGAUCCAAUUAUGUGCUCAAAGCCUUGAAGAACUGUAACAUCUCCAUUGACUCUCAGUGAUCUCUAGUCCAUGACCACUAGAAGUGGAGAAGGAGAACUUGGAAUGGUAUUGAGAACUUCAAGUCCUUAGCCAGUAGCUCACAGAAACCCUACAUAAAGUGGCAGAAAGUGUACAUCUCAAAGCUAUGCACAUGUCUGCCUCAACAAGUACUAUUUACCCUGUCUGUAGAAGAGUCUGCGAUGGCCAUCUCAUACCCAACAAAAAAAAAACAACAUAAAGCAAGUCAUUCUCAAUCCCAAUGAAAUGUAGAAGAGUGAGAAAAUUUUCUUAAAUAAUCUUAAAAGGUCCUUAAAUUCUUUAUCUUCAUUCAUAUUGGUUAAUUAUCAUUUCCCUUAGGAUAUCUCUUUGUUUCAGUUUCAAAGUAGUAGGUGAGAUCUGGAUUCUGAGUGGGUAAGGUAAAAACUGAAAGAAUGAUGCUCCAAGCUGUAGAUGCUAUAAAUGAAGUUACUUGUUCAAAGGUAGGAAUGUAAUUUCAGUUUCCACUUUAAGUAAAACCAUGCCAUUUCCAACUAUGGCAUGACAGUGAAUGAUUUGUGCAACCUUUUCGUUGCAUCAAUUAGUUCCAUAAACUCAGCAAAAGUUUCACUCUGAGCGAUUGUUUUGAUAAGUAUGUAUGUUUUGGAAAAGCGUGAAUCUAGAUUUGGAAAAUAAUGUGGAUUGUCUAUUUAUGUCAUCUUCCUAAUAACUGCUCUGUUCACUGCUAAUGGACAUGGAGCAAAUUAAUUCCAACUUUUAAAAUGGCCACUUAUUGUGAGAGCAUUAUUCUGUCUCUUAUCCCUCUCUCUCCACCCAAAGUUGGCACUGAAUAUUCUGUAACCAACAUAAAAGGUGUACAAAUAAGUUUCCAGUUCAAUGCAGCAACAACUGAAGUUGCAAAAUUUUAGUAUUUCCAUCCCUUUGCCCUCACUUUCCUCUCAUCUUUUUAACCAUAAAACUCACACAGUGGAAAAACAUUAGAUAUAUUUUACUUGCUCUAUAGCAUCAAAUAUUUGCCAUGGUAACAAUGCCACCGACUUUUUGAUAUGAACAUGAAAUCCUUAGUGCUUUUUGAUCCUAAUUUAUUCUGAAGUUUCUGUGCUUAGACGAACCUCUUGACUUACCUGCUGGUUAUUGAUUGUAACUGUUCUAUUAAACACUAUGACUGCUUUUUAUAGAUGUGUUCUGUAAGAUCCAAGUAUCAUAUACUUGUGAGUUGCUGUCUGCCGUGACUCUUUACUGGCCUGUUCUAUAAAUAGAGCUAAGUGUAUGUCUUGUAUACUUCAGUUAAUGCACUUAAAUGUGUGGUUCUUACGGAGACUGGGACUAACCCAGACUUCUCCUUUGAGAAAUGAUCACAGUUUUAUGUGCAAGUGAUGUUUAUUGAGAAGUUGAGAGCUUAAUAAUGUACAAAUAUAUAAUAGCCAAAACUUAAAGAAGUGUACCGUGACUCCUUUGCAAUGACAAGUGUUGUACAAUUUUAAAAGAACUUCUCCUGAAUGCCUUUGCCACAGAAAGCUGCAUUCAUGUAGUUUACAGUCGGGUAAGUGUUUAGAGGAUGUGUUGGGACUGUCAGUGGUAUAAAACCAAAUGAACAGUUCAGUUUUACAUGGUGUGUUGACUUAUCCAGUCAAAAGAAAUGUGUCAGGAAUCAGAAAUGUGUGUCAGUUUAUUCAAUAGAUAGGAUCUUCAUUUGGUUCUUGCUUCUGAAACUCAGUUCAGAUGAAUUGAAGUGCUUCUGCUAACAUUCUCUUCUAUUCCAUGACUAAUUAUGAAGGAGGAAAGCUUCAAAAUAAUUUAUUUGGAAGUUUGCAAUUUUGAUAAGUUUGUGCAUUUGCUUUGAAAGCAUUUAAAAUGAAUGUGGUAACAAGAAAUUGUCAAUCAUGUGUUGGAUACUGAUAUAUUUCAAGCCUGGGAUUCAUAAAGAUUUAACCUUUCCAAUUACAUUGUAACUGUAUUCAUCUUAAAGCUGUUGGGGUAUAUGUCCAAUCGAACUGUCAAAUGAGGUUGCUCCUAAUCCUGUAAUCUUUUAAAUAAUAACUAUAAAUAAUAGUGGAUUGUUACAAAACAGAUUCUAAGAAAAAUGUUCAGUUUGGUGUCUGCCUUUCCUCUUAUUGUUUAAAUGUGGCUUCAGUAUAAACAACAGCUUGGGUCAUCUGUUUCAGCAAUUGAUCAUUAAACCUUACUUAACG